CAAAAACUACCAUCCAAUCCUUUCAUUUUUAAGGAAACACGAAAAGAAAAACUUGCAGUUUUGAAUUUCUUCAUAGACGAUGUUCUUCAUUGGGAAGUUUAUUCAGCUUCUUUAUGGUGUUUUCUUUUGGUUUCUUGCAAAAAAAAACACAUUGCUUAUUUGGUUUCUUAUAUAGGUGUGCUCAUUUACUGGCUGAUUGAGUUGAAGAGUUGAAAAUCGUAAGAUUCUGCUGGCACCAAUGAGUCAUCAUGAAGUGAAGAAAGGGAAAGCAGAAAAAGGUUCUGAUGUUGUUGCAGAGAAGGUAAUGGUCGCUGUGAAGGCAUCAAAGGAGAUACCCAAGGCUGCCCUUAUUUGGGCAUUAACACAUGUUGUUCAACCUGGUGACUGCAUUACACUUCUAGUGGUUGUCCCUUCCAACAGUUCUGGUAGAAAAUGGGGGUUUCCAAGGUUUGCUGGAGAUUGCGCCAGUGGCCACAGAAAAUCACACUCCGGCGCUAAUUCUGAAGAGAAAUCUCACAUAUCUGAUUCUUUCUCCCAGAUGAUACUUCAGCUCCAUAAUGUUUAUGACCCAAACAAGAUAAAUGUGAAAAUCAAAAUUGUUUCUGGUUCACGAUGUGGAGUUGUUGCCUCUGAGGCAAUGAGGAUUCAUGCUACUUGGGUUGUUCUUGACAAACAGCUGAAACAUGAGGAAAAACGAUGCGUGGAAGAUUUACAUUGCAAUAUUGUUGUUUUGAAACGAUCCCAUCCGAAAGUUCUUCGCCUUAAUUUAGUUGGAUCUCCUAAAAAGGAAACUGACCCUCCCAUUUCUUUCUCUAUUACUGAGAAACAAUCUGAACAGUGUGAAAAACAUGAAAUGAGCAAGAGUGAUACAUCAAAUUUGACUCGGGGUCAACUUGUUACUCCGACAAGUAGUCCAGAGAUCUUUACUGCAACUGAGGUUGGUGCAUCAUCGGUUUCCAGUUCUGACCGUGGAACUUCUCCAUUUUUCAAUGCUGAAGGAAGCAGAGAUUCGAAGAAAGAAGAGCUGUUGGCUAAAAAAGAUGAGCAAGAUGGUAGUGAAUCAACUUCAGGCAGUGACAAUGAAAGUUCAUCUACUUCUUCAAGUUUAAGGUUUCCUCCUUGGAUGUCAGACAUUGUCAGCCCAUACUCUAGUAGGCUGACUCAAAUCCCUACAACUAAGGUGAUGAUGUCUAAAGUCAAUGAAGAAGGCGGGGGGUUUGGUUCACCUAGCUUUAACAAUGAUAUGGAUUUCAGUGGAAACGUAAGAGAAGCUGUUUCGUUAUCCAAAGGUGCGCCACUUGGAUCUCCUCCGUUGUGUUCUAUUUGCCAACAUAAAGCACCUGUCUUUGGGAAACCUCCCAAGUGGUUCAGCUAUUCCGAGCUGGAAGCUGCAACAUUUGGAUUUUCUCAAUCUAAUUUUUUGGCCGAGGGUGGAUUUGGAUCCGUCCAUAAAGGGGUUCUCCCAGAUGGACAGAUAGUAGCUGUGAAGCAGCAUAAACUGGCAAGUUCUCAAGGCGAUCAAGAGUUCUGCUCAGAAGUUGAAGUUCUUAGUUGUGCUCAGCACCGUAAUGUCGUCAUGCUGAUUGGAUUUUGUGUCGAGGAUAGCAGAAGAUUGUUGGUCUAUGAAUAUAUUUGCAAUGGAUCCUUAGAUUCCCAUCUUUACGGGCGUAAUAGGGAUCCCUUAAAAUGGUCAGCUCGCCAAAAGAUUGCUGUCGGGGCUGCAAGAGGAUUGCGGUAUCUUCACGAGGAAUGUAGAGUUGGAUGCAUUGUUCACCGAGACAUGCGUCCCAACAACAUUCUCAUCACUCAUGACUUUGAACCUAUGGUUGGAGACUUUGGCUUAGCCAGGUGGCAACCUGACGGAGACACGGGUGUUGAAACACGAGUGAUUGGAACAUUUGGGUACUUGGCUCCUGAGUAUACUCAAAGUGGCCAGAUAACUGAGAAGGCAGAUGUGUACUCAUUUGGAGUGGUGCUUGUAGAGCUUGUAACUGGACGAAAAGCUGUGGAUCUUAACAGGCCAAAGGGAGAGCAGUGUCUCGUAGAAUGGGCGCGCCCGCUGUUGGAAGAGUAUUGCAUUGAAGAAUUAAUAGAUCCAACGAUACUCAAGUGCUACGACAAACAGGAAGUUCAUUGCAUGUUGCAUGCGGCAUCCUUGUGCAUUCGAAGGGACCCCAACAGGAGGCCUCGUAUGUCUCAGGUGCUUCGGAUUCUGGAAAGGGACCUCAUAAUGAAUAAGGGUUACAUGGGGACACCAGAUUAUGAUGUGGGCAGCCGGAGCAGCCGAAUGUGGUCAUUGACAAACGUGGUGUUAGGGGGAUUCAAUGCCAAAACUCGCAUCCGAAAGGAGGCUUCCUAAUUCACGAGAGAAUAUGUGAAUGAAUUGGCAAAUUGGUAUCAAGCUAAAGCAGGAAGUUUUGUUUGUGUAUAGGAGUGAUGGAUGGGUAGUGGUAAUGUUUUGUAUCAUUCCACGGCAAUGGCUUUAGUUGUUUGCCAGGAAUUAAGGUGAAGGGAUGGAGGGAGACGCUAUCAAGGGAAAUUGGGAACCGGAAUUCUCCUAUGUAGCAUUGAACAUAUCCAUCAAUCUUCAACUUUUGUUUCUUUGAACAAACUAAACAUGCAAAAAUCAAUUGACUAAGGACAU